AUGGAUACAGAUUCAGCUUACAUAGCUUUCACCGAUGACCAUCCGUUUAAGAACCUUAUCAAACCUGAGCUAGUUCAGCACUUCAAGGAUCACAAAUAUGAUUGGUUCCCACGCGAUUAUAAUGAUAAAGUAGCCAAGUUUGAUCGUCGUACAGCUGGUCUAUUCAAGGAAGAAUGGCGCGGUGAUGCGAUGGUAUCUCUUUCACCGAAGAACUACAUUUGCUACCUGCCUGACGCUAAGUAUAAACAGAAGGUAUCAGCGAAGGGUGUUCAACAGGGUAAUCGUAAUACAGAUGUACUGAAUCCCCUCGGAUUUGAGACCGUCGUACGUGAAAAAAUUACGCUUCAAGGUACUAACACAGGCUUUCGUAUUGACAAACAAACUCAGAGUAUUAUUACCUACACACAGCAUAAAACGGCAUUAAACUAUUACUACGAUAAGCGUAAGGUACUAGAAGACGGAGUUUCAACUAUUCCGUUAGAUAUAUGA